CUACUCUCUCUGACCAAAAAAACCGCCAACCGGAUCACGCCCAUUUUUUCCGGUUGUUUCCCGAGAAUUGCAAACAUUUUCCCGAGGAAAUUUUUUUCUAUAUGUGAAGCGCCUUUGUUCCAGGUAGAGUUUUCCGGCCAGGAGAAGUAGCUGAGAAUGACGACGGGGUCGAGAAUGCCGACGUGGAAGGAGAGGGAGAACAACAAGCGGAGGGAGCGGAGGCGGCGGGCGAUCGCGGCGAAGAUCUACGCCGGCCUCAGAAUGUAUGGGAACUACAAGCUCCCGAAGCACUGCGACAACAACGAGGUCCUCAAGGCUCUCUGCAACGAGGCCGGUUGGACCGUCGAAGAAGACGGCACCACCUACAGAAAGGGAUGCAAACCUGUGGAACGAAUGGACAUCAUGGGUGGAUCAGCUUCUGCAAGUCCAUGCUCUUCGUUCCAUCCGAGCCCAUGUGCGUCUUACAAUCCAAGUCCUGCCUCAUCUUCCUUCCCAAGCCCGGUCUCAUCUCGUUAUGCUGCCAAUGCCAAUGGUAAUGCCGAUGCUGAUUCCCUCAUCCCGUGGUUGAAAAACCUCUCAUCAAGCUCAUCAUCAGCUUCAUCCAAGUUCUCCCACCAUCUUCUUGUCCAUGGAGGUUCCAUAAGUGCUCCAGUCACACCACCAUUGAGCUCCCCAACGGCCAGAACACCAAGAACCAAAAAUGACUGGGAUGAUGCAACUGCUGCCCCGUCAUGGGCUGGGCAGCACUAUCCUUUCCUGCCCUCAUCUACUCCACCAAGUCCCGGCCGUCAGGUCCUGCCUGAUUCACGGUGGUUUGCGGGUAUCCAAAUCCCCCAAAGCGGGCCAUCAUCCCCCACAUUCAGCCUUGUAGCAAGAAACCCUUUUGGAUUUAUGGAGGAGGCAUUUUCGGGUGGAGGGUCUCGGAUGUGGACUCCCGGGCAGAGCGGCACAUGCUCUCCUGCAGUUGCUGCAGGUGUUGAUCACACCUCAGAUGUUCCAAUGUCAGAUGGGAUUGCAGCUGAAUUUGCAUUUGGCAGUAAUACGACAGGGUUGGUGAAGCCCUGGGAAGGAGAAAGGAUUCAUGAGGAAUGUGUAUCGGAUGAUCUUGAACUUACACUUGGGAACCCCAGAACCAGGUAGAGAGGCUCGACAAAGAGUUGGUUUGCGUCUUCCUUCCUGUUCAAAAGUUCAACAUGAGAUGUCCCUGGGUGUCUCGGUUGGCAAGGCAUUCCAGUUAGAAGUACAGUGAGUAGGAGCAGCUUCUUUUUCUAGUUUUUUUUUUUUUUACUUUUCUUUUCUGUUAUUUUUUCCCCAUCAAAAGAGAGAACCAAAAUUAAAUUAUAAAUAGUUUAUGGUGGUGCUUAGCCCCUUCAGUUCAA